GGCCCUAAGCAGAAUGUCCUGCUUUCUGAGGUGUGUGCCUUAGCCCUCUGUGUGCUGAGGGCUUGUGCUCAUGGAGACCCAGCAGGCUGGAGUGCGUCCUCUGCCCAGGGUUACCCUGGCGGGUGGCUGUCGGGCAGAGCUCUGAGGCUGCCCGACGAUCACCAGCGAGGCAGCAGAGGCGGUAACCAGCCCAUGCGGAGCUUCUGACACGGGAGGGGGCAGCGGCGUGACGCCUGCGGGCCACACCUGAGGAGCGCGACUCGAGACCUUGACCCGUGGAUCAAAAUGAGGGCUCGCCGAGCCCCCCCGGGGACCUCUGCAAGAGCCGCAGCUAAGCUCCGCCGUCCCGCCCCCGGAGGGCCUGGCGCGGUCGGGGAGCUACCGCGGGGCGGAGGGAGGGGCGCGCAGUGUAGUGCGAGCAGCUGGCGGCGGGCAGCGGGCUGCGUGGAAGGCGGAUGGAGUGAGGGACAGCGGGCAGCGGCGGGCAGCGGCUGGCAGCGCGGCCUCAGUCGAGCCGCCGGGCGGGCUCCUCCUCCCCGCGGCCGUGCGACUCUCGCUGCAUGGCCGAGGGAACCAUGGCGUCUAGCGAGGAGGACGGGGGCGGUAACGGCACGAUGGAGGAAAAGGAGAAUGGCAAGAAAAGAAGGCUGGGCGCCUUGGCCACGGCCUGGCUCAUCUUCUACAAUGUCGCCAUGACCGCAGGGUGGCUGGUGUUGGGUAUUGCCAUGGUGCGGUUUUGUGUACAGAAAGGAACACAUAGAGGCUUAUUCAGAAACGUUCAAAGGACGCUGAAGUUUUUCCAGACGUUUGCUUUGCUUGAGGUAGUCCACUGUGCAGUUGGGAUAGUUCGCACAUCUGUGCUUGUGACUGGGGUCCAAGUGAGUUCGAGAAUCUUCAUGGUGUGGUUCAUUGCACAUAGCAUUAAACAGAUCCAGAAUGAGGAGAGCGUUGUUCUUUUUCUGGUUGUGUGGACUGUGACAGAGAUCACUCGAUAUUCCUUCUACACAUUCAACCUGCUCAACCAUUUGCCAUACUUCAUUAAAUGGGCCAGAUACAACUUUUUUAUCGUUCUGUAUCCUGCUGGAGUUGCAGGUGAGCUGCUAACCAUAUAUGCUGCUUUACCCUAUGUGAAGAAAACAGGAAUGUUUUCACUGAGACUUCCCAACAAAUACAACGUCUCCUUUGACUACUACUACUUUCUCAUUAUUGUCAUGUUCUCCUAUGUGCCACUAUUUCCACAACUCUACUUCCACAUGCUGCGGCAGAGAAGAAGGGUGCUUCACGGAGAGGUGGUUGUGGCAAAGGAUGACUGAGUCAAGCUGUGUCACUAUGGUGCUUCUAAUGGAUAAAAGAGGGUAGAAAAACAAACCUUACUGUGACUUACCCGAGUCCAAGUUUUAAAACACGGAACAAGAAUAAACAACUGUGCAUAAAAUAGCAUGGACUGUAUUAUUUGUACCAUGACUGUAUCUCCAGACUUAACUCUUUAUCUUUGGUUUCACUUUGGUUUUGAACUGGUCAUUUCAUCAAACAAAUUCUUGUCUUAUUUUCAUUAGGUUGACAGAUAGCUUUAGGAAUUGAAAUAGCUGGCUGCUUUGCUUUCAGUUCUGAAAGUUCUGUUCCAACCUAUAAUCAUCCCCAAGAACAGGAAAGUUGCUAAGUUGUACUGAAAGUGAGUCUUCUGGAAAGCAGAGCAUGAAGUAGGUAAUGAUUUUUUUAUAGGCUAGGUGGCUUAAAUGUUAUCAGAGCUUUUUAUGAUUAACUUUCCAGUUCCAAGUACUGUUAGCACCUUGUUCAUUCUUGAAAUUGCAGGAUAACACUGCAGAAUUCCUGAAGUACUUUCAAAAGAAGCUGAAUUCUUGCUUGUCAGUUCAAGUUUAGAUAGCUCUGUAUUUUUACUUGUAAUUUUAAAGCUGUGUAGAAUAAUAGAUUAACUGGUGGAGUGGGCCUGAUGUGCCCACCUUUCUCUGAUAAGUGGCUGGAAUGGGGCUGGUUUGCAGGGGAAGGAGAUUGAUUCUCAGAGUGUUUCCUGUUCAGCACAUCGACCCCUGUGCAGAAAGACAAUGGCACCGCAUGUAGAAACUGUAGCUAUAGUGAGUUAUUCAAACUUCCUAUAAAUAGCUAAGUGGGACAAAAUGCAUUUAAAACAGUGUCUUAAAAUACAAAUUGUGCUUUGAGUCAUCCCAUUGUGCAAUUUUAAUUGCUAACUCCCCAUUAAUUGUUUAUACUGUGUUAAGGUAAUUCUGUUUAAUGUCUUCAAUAAACUGCAAGAAGGAUCUGCAGUGCAUUAAUAGAAGUGACAGAUGAUGUUGCAAUAUGUGGUACCUGAGGGGGAGAGGUCCAAGCUAUUAGGCACAGCCUGAGAGAUUCAGAGAAGAGUUUCCUCCCUUGAGGAAACUGGCAUACCUAGAGAGGAGAUUGAUACAUAAUACUAUGGUGAGAAGCCUUGACAGUGCAGGCAACAAAGUGGCUUCUGGCAUUGCUCACUUCAAAAGAGAAGUAUCCUAGGGUGUGCACGCAGACAGCUGGACAUCAGAAUGCUCCUGAUUGCUGAGGUCGGUGCUGGAGUACAGCCUUCCGUUUCGAGUGCCUCAGAGGUGAGGGGUUGAGUCAAUCUACUGAAAAAUCAGAGGAAAGUAACAAAACUAGUGCAAGUGAGAAAGAAGUCUGAAAGAUUGAAUCCUUAAGAAUGUAUAACUGUUUGUGAUAUGGAAAAGAGAAUGUGAAGGAAGAGGUUUGCUGAGCAUGGAGGCAUGGUGAGAACCAAUCAUAUCCAUGUGGAAGAAGGGAAAUGGCCAAUGAAUGCCAGGAGACAGCUCCUGCCCACCAGCUCCCUUAGGAUAUAGAAUGCCUCAGCAGUGCUUACCCAUGCACACAGCUUCUUGGAAGGUUUGAAGUGAGAUGAAUGGAAUGCUGGAAAAGAAUCUUUCUCAAACAAGUCUGAACUGCAUUUUGGAUAGGCUGUUCUGGAGUUUAGCUCCAGGGACUCUGUUGAAGACUAUGGCUAUACCUUUGUCUGGCGUAUCAAGGUAUUUGGUGAACAGGCAAGGAUUUAUAAUGUCCCUAACUCCCAGAUUCCUUUGUGUGCCUUGCAGUUGUGAUAUUUAUGCAUGUCUUCAUUACAUGCACAUUGGUUGCCUUUGCAAUGCCAGCUGCAUAGUGGGCUUGAGGCAGAAGAGUUGCAUUGCUCACUGCUUCCAAAGCUGUACUCUGUGUGGGUUUAGAAAAAAAAAAAAGUAUCACACAAGGUGCUGUAAUUUAUUCUUUGGUUCAAAUGCAGCUAUAAUUGUUAACGUUUCAACAUCCGAACGACAUUACAACACUGAAUUACAAAGCAGUUGUGUUCCAGGUGGUCAGACCAGCAGUUGUCUUUGUUCUCACAGUGCUAUUUUAUAAACUUCCCUUGCUUCUUGCUGCUUGAGGACCAUCCUGGCAGUCUGUAGCAAUAGUUCUCAGCAAGAAGUUCUAUGUUUUUUUUGCUUUCAGGGCAGCUCACUGAAGACUGCAGCAAUCCAUUCAUUGAAAAAGCACUGGAUGCUUUAAGGAUGAGAGUUUGAAAUGCUUAAUCAGAGUGUAUCCCAGAGGUGCUGCUUCUGUAAGGAGGGCAGAACCUUUGUUCCCACUGUGUCCCGAGGAUAUCUUCCUGUGUUAGUCAAGGAGCUAUUUGCACAUCCUUUUGUAGGUGUGACAGACAAAACGUACAGCACUGUUUGCCACAAGCUGGGGUUUGUACUUUGCCAGAGCAGCAGGGUAAUGGUACAGUUUAAAAAGUGAUUUACAGCUACAGAAGAUACUUGCUGAAUCAUAAGGGAAUGAAAACAAAGCUAAAAAUUACAGUAUUGCCUUCAGUGUUUGGUAGCAGGGAGAGGUUGCCACGUGGAUCAGUUUCCAUGGCAUGUGUUACAGAAAUGAGGAAUAUUCUUGUCUCCCUCUUCUUUAUUCUGGCUGAAGCCUCAGCAUGUAUCGCUAUAUAUUAGCUUUACUAUCUUCUCAAAGGCAAUAAGAAUUGCAGGUAAAAUCCUCUUACUUGACUCAGAUGGGCCAAGAUCUUAUCCUAGGUAGCUUACAUAAUCUUCAGUGAAACAUCUGCUUAGCUUGGGAAGUGGACAUAAAAAGUGAAGUAUGAUUUUCAUAUGGUGCUCUCUUUCCAACUCCUUUUUGACACCUGUCUUUAUUGUCUUCCUCUCUGCAAUAUUCCUGGUUUUAUAAAGCGUCAAAGUCCUCCUCGUGGUGUCAGGUUAGGAAUGUAUUCAGCCAUCAGCAUCUUCACUGGGUUUAUGUGGACUUCAGACAGUUGUCUGUAUAGAGGUAUUUUCUUGUUUGUGCAGUGUAUGCCUUCUGGAGUGGAUUGAUAGAGGGCAUGACCUUGGGAAGCAUGUUGAUGACACUGCAUAGGAAUGGGCAUUUGGCAGGAGAUUCCUGCUUGUAAGGGGACUUUCCUGUUGUUGGUUGGAACAUAAACACGUGGUCCUUCUUACAAACUACAGCUGAAAGCAGCUGGAUUUCUUGAGGUUCCCCCCAACAGUCACACACUCUUCCCACUGGGAAGGGCUGUUCCAGGGUAGAUUGUUUCACAGCUCAGCCCAGAGUGUCUAGAGCCUUGAUCGUGGCGUCAGGGCAUGAGCAGUACAAACUGAGGCCAUUGUGAGCAGUAGCUGAUAGAUGUCAUGUCUCUUACCUCCCACUAUGGGGGCUGUGAGAAGAGGAAAGGUUCAGUGUGCUACCAUCACUUCUGCAAAGGGAACUCCUGAAAUCAGCUGGAGGAUCUUUGUGCAGAGGAUGUGUUUCAGUAUAGGGCUUUUCUGCUCUGCUCAGCUACUUUACCACUGUAAGCCUGCAUUUUUUGAAACUUUUUUGACGCAUGCCAAGAGGGCUCCCACACACUGCUCUGCACAGAGAGAGAAGGAGGUUCAGAAGUAACAGCCUUGGAGAAAUGGUUUAGAAUAGACAAGAGGAGGAAAUUCUUCCCCAUGGGGGUGGUGCAGCACUGGAACAGAUUGCCCAGAGAAAAUGCAGGGUCUGACCCUGGCAGUGUUAAAAGCCAGGUUAACUGCAAAAGCCAGGUUAACUGGGGCCUUAAGCAGCCUGCUCCAGUAGGAGGUAUCCUUGCCCAUGGCGAGGGGUUGGAACUGGAUGAUCUUUAAGGUUCAUUCCGGUGUGCUGCUUCUGAUUCCCACUGAGCACAAAAUUUAGCCAGGUUCAUGGUCCUGGACAGAUGGCAAUGACUAAUUAACAGGGAGGUGUGUGGAGACAUUUUCUGUCACCAGAGGGAAUCUGCCCUUUCUUCUCCAGAAAGAAAUAGAUGCAGGUCUAACUACUGCUCUGGCUGUAGCACUUGUACUCUUCACAGUAGCUUGCUUCACUGGCUACUUGCAUGUUUAUAAUAUUACUGAGUGAACUACAGUGAAAAUAAAUGGGCAAUCCUUACAACACAUUGGAGUUUAAGAUAGUCAUUACAUUGCCAGUGUCUGUGAAUUCAGCUCUUACUUCAUCUGCCUUAGGAAAAAGACAAGAGUUAAUGCAAACCAGUGUUCUGCACGAGGCAGGAGAGCUUUGUAAAUGCAAACUUGCAGGCAGGGUGGCUGCAGUUGUUUAUAAAGGGUUGUUGAAUGUGGUUUUGAAGACAAAGUUUGAAAGCUUUGCUGCAAAUCCAGUUUUCUUUCCCAAGGUGUACUUGGCAGUGUGCUCAGAGUGUUAUUAUGAGCAGCUUGCAGUUUCAUUUCACGCUGAACGAACACCUUUUGUAGCCCACUGAAAUGCUGUGUUCUGGGUUUGUUUCAGUGACUGUUUAAGAAACAAGCCCCUCACGCUUCUGCAAAGGUCUCUGCUCUCGAAGGGAACUGCAGUGUUGGCAGUGCCUACUGAGCUUCACGGGGCAGUUGAAGUAGCAGAUUACCACUGGCCAAGGGUGCCUCAUUCAAUUUGCUCCAGUGACACCACACCUAAUAGUGGGUCUGUUACUCUGUGUCAUUGAUGCUGUGCUAGGGGUCUGAGUGCCUCCAGUAGGACUGAAGGCUUUACAGGUGGCAGAAGAUGAUUCAUUACUGCAAAAAAUUAUUCAUCCUGAUCUGCCAGACUGAGAAGACCUAUCUUCAGACCACAGCAGUAAGUCUGAUGAGUCAGCUUAAGGCUAUACCAAGACAAAGAACCUGGGAACAUGCCAUCAGGUCCAGGCCUGCAGCUGGUAGUGGACUUGCAGCUGUAAAAUGUAAAAUGCCUCAUGUUGCAUCGUCUGAAAAGUGCCUUCUUAUUCACAGCUCUCUUGCGUCUUGACUCUGUGUACUGCACUCUGAGCUGAUAGCUUUGUAAAGUGUGAGUACAGAAGUGCCUACUGGGUGUAUCAUGUAUGGAAUUGUGCUUAAGGUUCUCUAUGCUGUAAGUGCAGCACAGCUGCUCAGUAUUGCUGUUUUCUGGAACGCCUUCUCAGCAGCAGUUUACACAGCCAGGAGAAUGUGAUCCCUUUAAUGACUUAUUUAUUUGCAAAGCUGAUAAGAUUUGUUGAGCUAUUGAGUCAGGUAUUUGUUUUAGAGAUUGUUAAUACUGCAGCAGUUCCUCUCUAUUAAAAGUCAUGUUCUAAAA